UCGUGCCCUGUAGUUUUCUGACAUUUCGCUGUUCCAUAUUUUGUGAGAUAUCGCUUACUGUUUCGAGCGCGAGACGGUCUGGGCCCGGUUGAGACACACUACAGGCACCGAUACGGUGGAGACACUGUUGUUGCGGAAAAGCGGGAUAUCUGACUUUUGUCUCCUCGGUGGUUUACACGUUCAUGAUCAGUUUUCACUAUCUAUCGCUAGAAUACCGAUCCAGAGUAGCCCACAAAAAGUGUUUCGGUGCAAGGUUUGUGGACCAGCACAAAAUUUUUUUAUGCUGCGUAUGCGGAACAUCGCCGCUGGCGCUGGCUGCUGCGGGGCGGGGGCACCAUCGCGUACAUUUGAAGGACCCUUUUCUCUUUAUCCAAGCCACCUUUUUUCCGUGAUGGUGAAUAUUUUGAAAGAAGCAUCAAUUGUCUUUGAGUGUGCUGACUUCAGGAAGUACAGCUCUUACGUAAAGACUCAGUGCUAAUUUCUGUGACGUGUGUUCUCGGCCACGAUUUGCCUGAAGCAUACCAACCUUCGAGAAGUCUGUUUCCUGCCGCUCGUUCUUCUUGAAAUUCACCUCUAAACCUCGAAAUACACUGAAUUCUUCUCUUUUUCUGAACGUUGACGUGUGUUUUUCGACUGUGGCACCCUUGACGCCCAUUCGUUUUGGUGUAUGAGUUGUCAGCGACCCCUUUCCUUCAUCGCCGGCGAAGCAACACCGUCUGCACGAGAACCGUAGGAAGGUCCUCCUCCAUGCAAGCAGCGCUUGCCACCCUCUUGUAAAUCGGUAUCUCCUCUUCUGGCUAGGUGUUCUGAAGAGAAAAAGACUUCCUUAUAAUCGUGUUUAACCGUUACUGUCUGUGGCGGACUGUCUGUUUAUCCGUCGGGUGCUCUUCGCAACUCCGAGCGUCGUCAAGAGAACGCCUAAAAAUGCGAUGGUAGUGUACUGCUCGUAGAAAACAUUCUCUCGUUUGAAAGGUGAACACUCACCAUACCGUUAAGCCUUCUGAGAGUUGUUGUAGCGGCCUACUAUCAGUCGGAAUAGUGCGCGUUCUCCCUUGUGAGCAACAGUUCCAAAAUGUCAACACAUAGCUGCGGUAACGUCGCUGGGGGGGCAGGCUCAUCAGGAGCUGCGAAAUGCAAUAUGUUUCGCGGAUCUGCGCGUCUCCUGUGCAAGGGUCUUAGCAUGAUGAGCUACCGCAAUGUCUCCCCAAAGACGGCGUUGCGUGUUAUCAAGGCUGGAACAUUCUGCAGGACGAUGUGGCCUCUUCUGCCUCCUAUGAUGCUGUACCAAUACAUCCGACAGACUGACGAUGAAAUGCGGUCCGUCGAGUUUCUCCAAAGCCAAAGUGGAAGCAAAAACGUUCUGUCUUUCUAUGACACUCGCAAGGCGAACAACACAGGUCACUGGCGUCUCCAGCAGGAUCUUGCAGUCAUCGACCAUCACGUGAAUUCGACGCAAGCUGCAGACGUCACGAAGGACGAGUAAAACCAAUAACCCGUAGAAACGUGCUUACAUUUAUUUAUCAGCACGUGGUAGUAUAUAUAUAUAUAUAUAUAUGCAUAUAUGUAUAUGCAUAUAUAUUUCACCGGGUCAGUAGAGUACUGUAGCGCGGUUCCAAUACACACAGACAAAGUCACGCGUGUGUAACGGUUUCUCGGAGAGAAGGAGGAAGUGGAAGAUGGUUGAACGCGUCUUCGUGGGUGACCGUGGCUCAUCUCACGGUUUUUUGCUCGUGCAAGAGAAGAGAAACCGAACAGCCUGUCCUUCCGAGAGGCACAUCACACCACUUCUUCUAACCUCUACCGGUGAAAGACUCAGAAAAAAAAGUAGAGCUGGGAGGGAAGGGUGUGAAAAACGAAUAAAACGCAAGCCCCAUUUCGCUGAAAAGCGCUUUUCCGAGUGGCGUGAAAAAAAAUCCCGAGUGACCGAAUAAGUAUUUCUUUGCAUUUUGCCGGCUCAUACUUUCGUCUGCAUCUAAAAUGAAAAAGGAGUUCUUUUUUUUUAUUACAUACUUCGUACAGCCCGGAUUGGAAAAUCCUUCUCUAUUGUGCUUUUGCCGCCUAAAGGAUACUGGGCAUAUCUGUAACGGUUCGCGAGCAACGGUGUCCGGAAGUUGGUAUGUGGGAAUGCUGGCGAAAUUGUUUUCGCUGUCAUGUGCCACUGUCCGUCAUACUGAACGAAA